AUGGCCAAUUUAUAAAUUCCCACGAAGCAGAUCAAGUUCUACUUCGAUGUUCCUUGCAGAAGGAGGAAUGGCCUCGUGUCUCGCAUUUUUACUGGCAUAGGCCUCCAACGCCACCGCGUACGUACGGUCUUGACGUGUUUUCUAUUCCAUCAUGGAUAGUUCGUCUGUCCUGAGCGACGAGGACUAUGAUCUCAUCUCUAACCCUGGUCAGCGCUCCUUGGAGUCCAGCAUUGCCGACUUGCAUCAUAUUCCAGCCUUGAAUACUUAUGAGAUUCCCCCGUCUGAUGCAGCCAGGGAAAGACUCAGCGCGGUGGCGCUGAGUCCCGGGGAUAUACAAGCAUAUGUGCAGAAUGCACUUAACUCAUCUAGUACAGGAAAGUACCCACGGGACAAUGUCACUCUUAGAGUGUAUGUUGACGGCGUUUUCGAUGUGUUAACCAUUGGGCACGUACAUCAACUCCGUCAAGCGAAGCUCUCGUUCCCUUCCGUACAUCUUAUCGUUGGAGUGCUUUCGGAUGAGCAAUGUCGAGCUCACAAUACUACACCUCAUUUCUCACAUCUCGAGCGUUGCGAGCUUAUGCGGCACUGUCGCUGGGUAGACGAAGUGCUACAUGACGCACCUUGGACAGUGAACGAUCGCUUUAUUAUCGACAAGCGUAUUGAUUAUCUUGCGUUGGAGGAAGGCUCUUCUGUUAACCCUGAAUUUGAUAAGGAACGACUGAAGGGAUACGAUGUCGCGAAGAGACUAGGACGAGUGCUACCCACCCGAAUGACUACCGGACUAACUGCUGCUCCACUUUUGGUUUCCUAUAAUGCAUCGGCAGACACCACACCAUUCCGAGAACUUGCCGAAAUGGUGUUAGAACAACCUGGUCGCAGUACAUUUACGCACCCACCUCCGACAACUUCUACUACCACGUCCGCCGACAGCAAGACUCAUGACCUUGAGGCCCUUGGGGCGAUGGAGGCCCUAGAAGCCAUGUCGAACGAGUUAGCAGAGAGGUGCGCUCGGAAGCAGAGGCAGCCAGCCAGAGGGUAGAUACCGGGGAAAUUGAUGCGCGCUGUUGAUACACAGUGACUAUGUAUGAUGGGCUUUUAUCAACCUGUGCUGUGUUGCUACUUACGCUAUUUAGCCGUUCUUGCUUUGUCAUAUUGGUCUAACUUUCUGGACGUACGUAUUGA